GCGACUCCGUGUCUUCUAUAUAAAAUCCGGUUGCCUCUGUCUCCAAGAUCCUCGCGAAGUAAAACCCUAGCCCGAGUACCGUUCCUCGUCUUUGCGGCGGAUCUCGCAGCCCUCCGAGAUGAAGGUCAUCGCUGCCUAUUUACUUGCAGUUCUUGGUGGAAACAUUAGUCCGACAACUGGUGAUGUAAAGGGUAUUCUAGAAUCAGUUGGUGCUGAUGUUGUUGAUGAAAAGAUUGAGCUACUCUUGUCUCAAGUCGGGGGUAAAGACUUGACUGAACUUAUUGCUACUGGGAGAGAGAAGUUUGCCUCGGUGCCUUGCGGUGGUGGUAUUGCUGUUGCAGUUGCUGCUCCUGCUGGAGGUAGUGGUGGUGGUGCUGCAGCCUCUGCAGCUGCUGAGCCAAAGGAGGAAAAAGCAGAAGAGAAGGAAGAAUCAGAUGAGGACAUGGGCUUCAGUUUGUUCGACUAAUUCUGACCCACUGUUUCUCAUUAUGAAGUAGUCUGUCAAUUUGGUGAUCCUUUUUGUUUUAUGCAAAGUUGACGAACCUAAUAGGAAUUUGACUCAAAUUUAUAGUA